AUGAGACCAUUUGACGCGCACCAGUGCAAAGGGAGGGGAAGGGGCGUCCUUGCAGACAAAGCUGCCGAAUCUUUGCCUGUCAUGUCAGAUGAUGUUGAGAAGAACGAGGCUCCUCCAGAGCCGGAGCAAAAACAAGAUGGAAAAGAGGAGCAAGAAGCAGAGCCAAAAGCAGAGCUGGAGCCACAGCCACAGCCAGAGCCACAGCCAGAGCCACAGCCACAGCCAGAGCAGCAGCCACAGCUAGACUCCCCGCCACAUAGCCCCCCAGCACCAGAGGUCCCUGCAUCAUCCAUGCUGGUGACUGUGACAAUUGAAGAGGAGACUGUGGGGGGCCCACAACUGAAUGGGGAUCCCCUGGGCCUGAGGGCCGGCUCAGCUGAGGAAUUAGGGACCACCCCAGCCCCUCCUACUAGCCCCCCAGCGCGGUCCAAGUCGGCAUCGUUGAAUGACCUGAAGCCCCAGAACAGCAUCAAUGGUGGCCCACGGGCUGUCGUGAGGAGUAGCUUGUCUGGGUCUCAGGUGCAUCUCGCGGGAAAAGCAGGAUCUCCGCGGGCCAGUCUGAGUCGGCAAGCCUCAGCAACUGGAUCGGCAGCUGGGGAGGCUGGGGAGAAACCCAGAGACUACAUAUUCAUUGCUGCUCUCUCCUGCUUUUGCCCCAUCUGGCCGAUCAACAUUGUUGCCUUUGUGUACUCAGUUAUGUCCCGUAACAGCUUUCAGCAGGGAGACAUCGAUGGGGCUCGGCGGUUGGGACGAGUGGCAAAACUGCUGAGUGUCGUUGCCCUGGUCGGGGGGUUGCUCAUAAUUGUGGCCUCUUGUGCCAUCAAUUUUGGAGUGUUUCAGUGA